AGCAUUGCUAAGUUGCAGUUCAUACUGUGCAUGUCCUAGCCAUGACAAAGAGAAUUUUCAUGAUAUACGUUUUUAUGCUUUUCUCGAUUUUCUCGACAUUCCAAAAUCUCCUGUCCACUGUUUGUCCUUCCACUCAUCCCGGUUCAGACACUCGGCACCAUGUUUACAGAGGUGCUGGUUGCCAUAGUGAUAGGAGGAGUGAUCUACUUCCUGGUUCAGAAGCGCAGGAGCCAGGUCCUGAAGACCAAAGAUGGCUGGUGGGGGGUUGGAGCGCCCCCCGAUGGAGAGGAGGACAUCUCAGUACGACCCUUUAAAAUCUCCACCAGUGAUGAAGAACUGGAGGACCUCUACAGAAGGAUAGACCAGACUCGACCUGUGGCGUCACUGGAGGACAGUCAGUUUCAUUAUGGUUUCAACUCCCAGUGCCUGCAGAAGGUGGUGUCCUACUGGAGAAAUGACUUUGACUGGAGGAAACAAGUGGACAAACUCAACCAGUAUCCUCAUUUUAAAACCAACAUAGAAGGCAUUGAUGUCCACUAUAUGCACAUCAAACCCCAGAGGGUCCCACAGGGGUCUGCAGUGAUCCCUCUGAUCAUGGUUCAUGGUUGGCCUGGAUCCUUCUAUGAGUUCUUUGGGAUCAUCCCUCUGCUGACAGAACCAUCAGAUCCAGGUGACUGUGUGUUUGAGGUGGUCUGUCCCUCCAUACCUGGAUACGGCUUUUCUGAAGCACCACAUAAGAAAGGUUUUGAUACAGUCUGUGCAGCUCGUAUCUUCAUCAAACUGAUGAAGCGUCUUGGCUUCCAGCACUUCUACGCUCAGGGAGGAGACUGGGGCUGGCAGGUCACCACCAACAUGGCUCAGCUGGAGCCCAAGAUGGUUACAGGCUUACAUUUGAAUUUUGCAUCGGUAACGAUGGGAGGACUGAUCGUGACUUUAUCCAUCAUGUUCGGCCGUCACUUCCCCAAACCGUUCGGCUUCACUGACCUGGACAUUCAGAGACUCUACCCCUUUAUGGACAAACUGGUGGUGGAGUCCAUCAAAGAGUCUGGAUACAUGCACAUCCAGGCCACAAAGCCUGACACAGCCGGUCGGGGGCUGAAUGAUUCUCCAGUGGGUCUGGCUGCCUACAUUCUGGAGAAGUUCUCCACAGCGACAAACUUUGACUUCAGGAACCUGGAGGACGGAGGACUCACCAGGAAGUUCUCUCUUGACGACCUGCUGACGAACAUCAUGAUCUACUGGACGUCUGGUUGUAUCGUCUCCUCCAUGAGGUUCUACAAAGAGAACGUAGGCCACGGCCUGGCCCCGCCCCACACUAAAAUUCCAGUGGUCGUUCCCACCGGGUUCGCCUGCUUCCCCAAUGAGGUGAUGCACAUGCCGAAGCUGUGGGUCCAACAGAAGUACCAUAACCUGGUGUCCUACACACUCAUGGCUCGGGGUGGCCACUUCGCAGCCAUGGAAGAGCCUCAGCUGUUGGCUGAGGACAUCCACAAGUUUGUGAGGACAGUGGAGAAGAAGACGAAGACACAGUAGAAGACACUGUGUCUGAGGUACCGACGAGUAGGAGGAGAAACUGCUAACUCAUUAGAAAAGAAGGAAAUCACGUUUAUCCAUUAAUGCUGUCCUGCUGGCUGUAAUUAACAUUUUACUGUUCUGUCCCUGACUAACGGUAAAUAGCAAACAUUGUUUUGGUGGUGGAGAAGUAUGAAGAAAAUGUAGGUGUCAGGGCAAUUCAUGAUUUAGCUUUGUUGGUAUGCAUCUGUGGGAGAGAAUGCAAAUUUGUCUUUAAACAUAAAAAAUCUAAAUUUUUGUCCAGUUUAUUUAAUUUCAUGACAGAAAUUGCUUGGUUUAUCAACUAACAGUUGCUUAGAUACUUGCUUAGCGUUUUUAUUUAGCUCCAGUGUUACAUCCUAUGUUCUCAUCACUUGGCAUUUGUUUAUGUUGUAAAAGAAAACAGUUUUUAACCAGUAGUGGUAAAUACUAAAUGCUAAAUAACCUAUGUUAAAUAACCACAGCAGCGGUGCUCAUGGUUUCAGUUCAUUGUUGUUCACUUCCAGAACCAACUCACCAGAAAUGGAACUUUUCUUUUUUUCAUCCAUGCAAACAGACUGAGGUGAUACAUGAAUAGAUUAGACACCCCUCCCUCUUUAACCCUUUAUAGUUCACUCAUAGAAAUACUCUGACAUUCUAAAUUUCAACCUUAGUUUGUUAUUGGAGGCAACUCCGUUUCAGAGGAUAGUGCCAAGUGCAAGGGCCAAAGGGGAGGGCCAAGGGGUGAACUGGUCUCAAACAUGCGGCCCGGGGGCCAAAUGCGCCCCCCCAAAGGUUCCAGUGCAGCCCGUGGGAUGAAUUUGUC